AUGAUUCAAGGAGGAGAUGAUAUUGUUGAUCUCUACAACGCAUCAGCAAUUGGUUGUACAACCACAUUGAAAAGUUUGAUCGAGAAAGACCCACGCAUCCUUCAUAAAAUUUCUUUGAAAACUUUUACUGAAACUCCAUUACACAUAUCAGCUUUGCUUGGCCACCUUGAUUUCACUAAAACUCUUUUAACUCAAAAUCCUUGCCUAGUUGUCGAAUUAGACUCCCACAAACGUUGUCCCCUUCAUUUGGUUUCCUCUGAGGGCCACGAGGGCCACGUCGAGAUUGUUCAAGAACUAUUAACUAUAUAUGAAGAUGCAUGCUUGUUUCAUGAUCAAAAUGGGAGAAUUCCUCUCCACUAUGUAGCAAUGAGAGGACGAGUUGAAGUUGUGGAGAAGCUGAUCGUUGCACGACCUGAUUCAGUUCGGGUUGUACUUGACGGGAAUAAGACUGUUUUGCACUUGUGUGUUAAGUACAACCAAUUAAAGGCUUUGAACCUAUUGGUGAAAUCCUUGAGUGACGAUGGGGAUUUUCUCAAUUUCAAAACCUCUGGUGAUGGCAACACUAUCUUGCAUUUAGCUGUGAUGCAAAAACAAAUUGAGGUAGCUAGCCUCGCAGGCGGUGUUUGGUCACAUAGUGGAAAUGUUACUUUUUAUACUGGUCAUUACAUCAAAGUUGAUGCUGGAACGUCAGUUAUAGCCUUAAAAACGUUGGAGAAUUGUCCAAAAGAUUUCAAUAACUUUACCAUUCGCAACAUAUUAUUGGAUGCUGGUGCUAGGGUUGAAAGAGUGACUAAUCCAAGUGAGUCAGCAAAAACAACACAAUCAGGGAAGAAAUGGUGGAAGAAUUUGUCGAAACACUUGAAAUACGGAGCCUUAAAAAUGAUGGAGAAUUGUCCAAAAGAUUUCAAUAACUUUGCCAUUCGCAACAUGUUAUUGGAUGGCAUGACUCUUCAUCUUUCUGUCAUGUGCUCUACACGUGGCCUUUUUCGGGGGGAAAAUGAUUGA